UAUUAAACCUUAUUUAAUAGUUAGUGCGAAGUGGAAAGGGUGCUCUCGCAGUAUUGCUUGCAUCCGGGGCGGAGUCGAGCAGCAGUGUGUCAAGAACGGGACCAAGACAGGACUUGGGUCCCAUGGAUUCCGAAACACUCAGGACUCAGGAGGAAGAAGGGGCGGAACAUCUAUUCCAACGCUUGCAGGAGUCCUCAGAUGACGCCUCCAUACAUUUUGAUAUUGGUGUGUUCUUAUGGGAAAAAGGAAGAGAAGGGAAGGAAAAAGCGGCUGAAUAUUUUAUACAAUCGGCCAAAUUAAACCCUAAGAAUGGGCUAUCUUUCAAAUAUCUAGGCCAUUAUUACGCCAACGUUUCCCUUGACAUUCCGAGAGCUAUUAAGUGUUACCAACGAGCUGUUGUUCUCAAUCCGGAUGAUUCUGAGUCUGGGGAAACUCUGUGCAAUUUACUUGACCAAUGUGGAAAUGAUAGUUUAGAGGUGGUCGUAUGCCGGGAAGCUUCUGAAAUGUCACCGAGAGCUUUCUGGGCUUUCCGAAGAUUGGGUUUCUUGCAGGUUCACAAAAAGAAAUGGUGUGAAGCUGUUCAGAGUCUUCAACAUGCCCUUAGAGGCUAUCCUACAUGUGCUAAUUUGUGGGAAGCUCUGGGUCUUGCUUAUCAGCGGCUGGGCAGGUUUACUGCAGCUAUAAAGUCUUAUGGCCGUGCGAUUGAGUUGGAUGAUACCAUGGUUUUUUCUCUGGUAGAAAGUGGAAAUAUCUCUUUGACUCUUGGUUCAUUUAGCAAGGGAGUUGAACAAUUUCGACAAGCUUUGGAGAUUUCACCACAGUGCGUGCCUGCACAAUAUGGACUUUCUUUGGGGCUGCUUGGUUUGGCAAAAGACUGCAUCAAUCUAGGAGCAUAUAGAUGGGGGGCUUCGUUGUUAGAGGAAGCAUCUGAGGUUGCAAGGGCAAGUGCUUAUUUUUUCAGAAACUUCUCAUGUAUUUGGAAACUACUUGCUGAUAUUCAGCUUGCAUAUGCUAGAUGCUAUCCUUGGAUUGAUGAUUUUCUAGAAUUGGAAUCUAAUAAGGAAGCUUUCAGUGCUUCUAUAAAUUCUUGGAGGAGGACCUGCUUUUUUGCUGCAAGACAUGCCAAAUUUUCAUAUCAACGAGCCUUGCAUUUGUCUCCAUGGCAAGCAAACAUUUAUGCUGACAUUGCUGUAACUUCCGAUCUUAUAAAUUCACUAGACAAAGGUUACAAGCAAGACAUAAAUGCACGGAUGAUGGCAGAGAGGAUGUCUAUGGGAGCAUUGCUACUUGAAGGUGACAAUUAUGAGUUCUGGCUGGCAUUGGGAUGUCUGUCUGAUCAUAACGCACUAAAUCAGCAUGCCUUGAUCAGAGCAUUGCAAUUGAAUGUAUCUCUAGCUGUUGCUUGGGGAUACCUUGGGAAGCUAUAUCGUAAAGCUGAUGAAAAGCAAUUGGCAAGACAAAUGUUUGAUCGUACUAGAAGUAUUGAUCCUGAACUUGCAUUGCCAUGGGCAAGCAUGUCAGUUGAGUCUUGUAUGAGUAGGGAGCUUGAAUCAGAUGAGGCAUUUGAGAGCUGUUCACGAGCUGUGCGGAUAAUGCCUUUAGCUGAAUUCCAACUUGGGCUUACUAAGCUUGCUUUGUUGAGUGGACAUCUCUCAUCUUCACAGGUUUUUGGAGCUAUUCAGCAGGCUGUGCAACAUUCUCCUCACUAUCCUGAAUCCCAUAAUUUGUAUGGGCUGGUUUGUGAGGCUCGAAAUGAUUAUAAGUCUGCUGCUACAUUUUAUAGGUUAGCACGACAUGCAUUUAACAUUGGCUCAUGGAGUAUUCAAAACACACAUAUGAGGGACAUAUCAAUCAAUUUGGCCAGAACACUUUCUAAGGCAGGGAAUGCAGCUGAUGCUUUGCAGGAAUGUGAAAAUUUGAAUAAAGAAGGGGCACUUGAUGAAGAAGGUUUACAAGUAUAUGCUUUCUCUUUGUGGCAACUUGGUAAAAAUGAUUUGGCUCUCACGGUAGCCAGAAGCCUUCUUGCAACUCUGUCUUCUAUGCAAAGGACUUCUGUGGCAACAUCCAUUUGUUUCAUUUGUAGAUUAGUAUACUACAUAUGUGGACUGGAUGCCGUUAUCACUACCAUUGUGAAAAUGCCAAAGGAUCUAUUUCAAAGUUCAAAAGUUAGUUUUGUCAUGUCAGCUAUCCAUGCUCUUGAUGGACAAAAUCGUCUUGAAUUUGUUGUCACUGGUAGCCGAUAUUUCCUCAAAUAUUAUGAAGAAAUUGCUGGGAUGCACCUUUUAAUAGCACUUAGUAAACUGGUGAAAAAUGAGUCUGAUAGCCUUGACAUUCGGAGUGGAGUUGCUCAUCUGAAAAAAGCUAUGCACAUGUUCCCUAACUAUAGUUUGAUAAGGAACCUUCUUGGCUACCUCUUGGUAACCAGUAAAGAGCUAAACAAUUAUCAUGUGGCAAUGAGGUGCUGUAAACUGGACCAUCUUGAUCUUUCUGAUAAAAAAGGUUUCAAAUCAGCUGCUGAUGUCCAUGGUGCAGGAGCAGUUGCUUGCUACACCACUUGCAACAGCAGUCCAAAGUCCACUUUUCCAUCUUGUGCUAAACAAUGUUCUAGUCAUCCUGGAGCUAUCAGAUACCUACAGAAGUGCUUUCAUCAGAAACCAUGGAAUCAUGAUGCCCGCUACUUGCUUGUUCUUAACUGUCUUCAGAGGGCACGUGAACAGAGAUUUCCUCAGCAUCAUUGUGGCAUACUAAAUCGUUUAACUCAAGCAGCUCUUUCAAAUGAAUUGUAUAGUGGGACAGGAUUGUUGUUUCAAUAUAGAUACUUUCAACUUCUACUUUGUGCUUCUGAGGUCAGUUUACAAUGUCGGAAUCAUAUGACCUGUAUCACCCACGCAGAAACAGCUUCUGAACUUUUGCUUCCUGAUGAUUAUUUAUUCUUUGCACAUCUACUAUUAUGCCGUGUGUAUGCCAUGAAAGGUGAUCAUCCAAGUUUUCAAAAGGAAUAUAUGUUGUGUUUGGAGCUCAAGACAGAUUAUCACAUCGGUUGGAUCUGUCUCAAACUUAUGGAAUGUCGAUAUGAGCUGCAAAUUGAUUCAAAUGCCACAGACUUGAACUUUGAAGAAUGUGUGAAGAGAAGUGGAAAGUUGUGCGAUAUGUGGAUGGCAGCAUAUAACCUAGUGAGAGGAAUGGUUUCCUUCCAGAAGAGGGAUUUAUUCUCAGCAGAAGAGUUCAUGAAACAUGCUUGUUCAUUAGCGGGUUUUGAGAGUUGCCUCUUUCUGUGUCAUGGUGUCAUCUGUAUGGAACUUGUCCGGCAGUGCAAUGGCUCUCAAUUCCUAUCACAGGCUGUAAAGAGUCUUACCCGAGUUCAUGAACUUUCACUUAUUCCCUUACCUUUUGUUUCAGUACUAGUCGCACAAGCAGAAGGAAGCCUUGGUUCUAAAGAGAGGUGGAAUAGAAACCUUCACCUUGAAUGGUAUAGUUGGCCAUCAGGUAUGAUUUCUACUCUGUGUGUGUGCCCACAUGCCUUUAAUUAAAGAAGGGACUAAGGA